ACCACCGCGUCCCAGUGCAGCAGCUGGUUCCUGGCUGGUACGGGAGCAGUAAUUGCCCUCUCUGUGGUGGAGAGAAGACCUCUUACGUGUGAGUGCCUGUUGAGUGGCAAUGAGAGGCUCAUGCGAUGGUUUGGUGUGUAAGGCUGGGCAGUGGGGGAAAAGCCUUGUUUUCUAAGGCAGCUGAAAGGUGUUCUUGUGCCAAUCGCCAGUCCCAACUUCCAGUGUGAAAUGGCUCUGUAAGGGUGGGGGAAAUGAGCAUCAUCUGUGCAGUGCUUAUGUAUGUGUUUGUAAUGGGUCUGUCGUUGUUACUCUAAUGCUAAAACAGCAUCCGGCUGAAAGAGCUUGACUUGCUGUUCAUGAGCUGUGCUAUUCCUUUUGCCUAUAACAGCAGAAGUCCCUUGAUCAGCUUAAUUUUUGUUUGCUUAAUUGGGUAAGUUUCAGGUUUUAAUGUGUUGCUGUAUUGCUGCAAAGUGUAUAUAGCAAGCAUGUGUUCAAAUGUUUCAGCUGGAAACAUCAAAGCUCAUAUGAAAUCCAUUGGUCAUGGAUGCUGCAAAUCUGCGGCUUGCUUGAGUAUCUCUUUUGGCCUUGGAAGAAGUUUUAAGAAAGCACUUCAUAAGAUCUUGUUCCCUUUUGAGUAAGACAAAUUACUGCUUAAAAGGGGUUGUACUGAAGUCCUGAAUGACAAUUUUGGGAAGGCAGACAAAGGUGGUUUUUAAAGGAUGUUGUCUCUUCCUGAUCUCAAUGAGACUGAAAUGAGGAAUGAGCCAGGUGAAGAACACCAGCUAAAGUAACCACGGCGAUGUGUUGAGAACCUGGUACCUGCCCAAACAAACUGCAAUGGACAACUGAAAACAAUGGCAUGAAUUAUCAAGAAAAUAGAUUAUGUUUAGGUUCUUGAGUAUAAAGUAGUCCAGUGCCAGGUUCCAGGUGUUCAUGGAGCAAAACAGUACUCAUAAACAUGAUGGUUUCAUGUCUUUUUGUAGUUCAAAUCCGUUACAAUACCCUUUUGUGAUGCAUUGCUAGUUGGCUAUUUCUGGGAUGCAAGGAAUGCUUCUAGGAAACACCAGUCUACUGUAUUUUGUGGUUAUACUUCAUGCAGUGAUAGGCACCCUAAAGAAGGCAACUGCGCUUUGUCUGUUCACUCUGUAGUUGCCAACUUCUACUUGUUUGGAAAAAAUAAUAGGAUCUUUCCAUUCAUGGUACCCUUGGUGAUGUAGGAAAGGCAGUAAUGGCAGUUCCCAAGGAUAAUUGCAACACCGCAUGACUAUCUCCUGUUGCUUUAGUAAUUGAAUUUACUCCCCAGUUUGUGGUGAUUACUGGAAGAGUUUGCAUAUAAGGACAAGUGGGCUGUUUGCAAUGGAUGACUGAGGCUUAGAUGCUUUCUUAGAAGAGAAUGAGAUAAACGUAGUUUGGAAACAGGGUGCAUUUUGACAGGAGCCUCUCUGGUAUUUGAGUGUGUUUGAAAAAGACAAUGGGCAUUGAUUUCAUAGGCUGUGCAGUCUUUCUCUUCAGAUUGACUAGGGCUUUUUGAAGAUGAUAGAGCUGUGUGUGUGUGUUUCACAAUACCAUUUUCAUCCUUUUAAAAGAGAGUGGAAAAGAAUGGUGCUUCAAAUGACAGUGAUUGACAGCUUGCUUUUAAAAUUUGAGGGAAUGAAAGCAUAGUCCCCUUAAAUUGCACUUACCUGUUAGCAGCAACUUAAGAAUCUGUGCUCAGCUUGAGUGUUAUAUGUAUAAUCAUCUGCCUUAGUGGCUAGAUUGCAAAUUAGGUCUCCCAUCUAUGUUGUAACUCUUCCAGGUUAGGAGACAAUGCAGAUUCUCUGGAUAUGUGGACAGAAGAAACUGGCCUGUGUUUGAAGCUUUGCAGGGCUGUAGCAUGAUACAUGAACAAAUUUACACUUGUUAAGCAGUUAAAUGGAACCUUAAGUCAAGGCACUACCUUUCCUAUCAGCCCUGGAGAAAAUACAAUUAUGGAAGAGAUGUAAGCAGGAUUUCCAAUCAAUGAAGAGGGUAAGCAUUGUACUCCAGCUGGAACCACGUUGCUCUGACUUAGAAUCAUAGAAUAGUUAGGGUUGGAAAGGACCCUGAGAUCAUCUAGUUCCAACCACCUGCCAUGGGGGACUCCUGUAAACACAUUUUCUUUUUAUACCUGUUCUUGUUUGAUGUCACACAGAUCUGGUUAGAUAUAAAGUGUUCUGGAAAAGCAGCUACAGUCUGCCUUGUCUUGGUAGCAAGAUAAUUCAGCUUUACUAGCAACAAGUUCUUUUUGAGGCUGCAGGCGCAUGUGUAAUGCUGGAAGUCUUUGUUUUCCAGGUUGUCUGUUGCAUACUGUGUCUGUUCCCUUCAGGCAUUCCUGCUCUGCUAGACAUGAUUGUCUGCUGAGAAACAGGAAGACAGUAGGGUCCAUAAUACUUUCAGGAUUAAGGCUGGUGGAUUGGAGACAAGAAAUUAAUAAGGAAAGUACCUAAAGCCUUUGGCAAACUAGGCUAGAUGUGAUGAGAAAUAUGCAUGCUUCCUUGUUUGUAUUUCUUCUUAUUUUUCUUCAGAGCAAAGCAACAUUCAGAAGAAUGUGACUGUUGAUCUGUGUAUGGGCACCACAGGUUGAAUAGACAUUUCUCAUCACUGGCUUGAUGCUGCUGCAUUCAGUGUAACCCCCAGCCAGCCAGCAGAACUGCGUACUGUACCUUUGUCAGCUGGGAAGAGAGAUCCCAGUCUGAGACAGACUAAUCCCUCCUGCCCUUCCUGGCCACUGCAGGACACUCCAGUCAGUUCUCCAUUUCCUGCUUCCAGAAGCAGAAUAAUCCCUGCCCUAGGCUGCAGCAGCACAGCUCUAAGUGUGUGGCACAUAGGAUUCCCCAUCUUGCUUUGUCACUGCUCCCAGCUGUGAAUCUUCCUCAGAGACAGUCACACCUUGAGGUUUACAGUUUAGAAGGGAGAAAGAGUGAGAGUAUUGACUUACCUCAACAACACCAUCAGAAAGAAAGGCAGCUGGCAGCUGCUCCAUACACACUGCUCACCAUCACUGCUUAGAAGUAGGAACAAGAAUAGUGACUAUCCAGUGGAAAAACAACAGCCUCAGCCUGCUGCUACUUCUUGUAUGGAUCCUCUGGACCCUUUACUGGUCAGUGCACAUUUAUCAUCUCGUACUGUAGAUUCCCUUCUUAGGCAGGAAUUACUGGUGUGUCCUGCCUCAAGGAGCUCAAGUGAAAGUGUGAAUGCUUGUUCUAGUUCAGCCCUGACCUUGGGGGAGCUUGAGCUAUCUAGUGUGGAGUCUCUUCAGACUCUUUUGCAGUCCUCACAGAUUUCUGCUAGCUUGUACUGUGCAGUCCAGAGGCUUAAGCGAGAAAGUGCUUUGAUGGGGAUAUGGGGCUCCCUUCCUCUGGAGCCCAGGUCUUCUCCAGUCAGUGGCAGUUUGUGCUUUGCUCCUGAUGAUUCAGCUCCCAGUAUCCUGAGUGCAGGAGAGCGAGCUGGAGUAAAGAGCAGUGCCACUCAGGCAAGAUUGAAAUGGGGUGCUCCAUUUGCUAAAGACUGGAGCCUUAAUGCAGUGACAAGGGACUUCAGUCAUGCAGUCCCUGUCUCUGUAUUGCACAGAUAUGAAUGCAUUGACUCAAACACAUGGAGGACCAACAUUUCGGGUGACAUCCAGCCAGAAACCCUCACUUGUGGGGUGGGCUCUGGAGGGCUAGUGGGUACAGCAGCACAAUCCUCCUGCAAUUGCUCCCGUCCUUUCAGACGCCAGUCCCAGGCAAAGCCAGCUCUUGAAACUGGUAGUCUUUAUGUUCACGCAAAAAGUCAUUCCCCUGAAAAGGUUCUUAAAGGAGAAGAGACAUCUAAUGGGGCAUCCCCAUGUGCUGUACCUUGGAGGAGAGACCUUCCAGCCAGUAUCUAUCCAAAGGGUCUGCAGGUGUCACUGGAGACAGAUUUGGGGGAGGCUCAGAUGAAUGUUGAUGUAGCUGUGUAUGGAACUCCAAGGGAAGUGCAUGUGAGAGUCACUCCUGGAGAGUUUAGACCAGUCCAGCAGCUUAGUACUAAAUCUGUAGAAGUCACCAACUCCAAACCUCACGUUAAGUCCAGCAAAGAGUCAGGAGAGGUGUGUGACUCUGGAUCACAAGCAGCCAGAAUGGCUGUGGUGGGCAGCAGCCAGUCCAGCCCUUCCAUUACUCAGGUUGAAGAAGGCUUUGGUGGUUAUUCUGACGUAGAUUGUAGGAAUGUGAGCAGAGAAAGAAGGAGAAACAAAUACUCUCAGCAAAGGAGCUGGAGGAAUUGGGAAGCUGAUUCCAAUCUCAACCAGUCUGAAGAACGUUCUGUGGAGAGGAGUGCCCAAGAACCACGGUGCUGUGACGAAGGGAGCCAGACACAGGAAGCUGUGUCCAGAGAGGUCUCAGAGAACAGCUUCUGGUCAUUGAAGGUGAAUGAGCAAAGUUUCCAGCACUUACGUGACAGACAAAUGCUAGCUAGGUGUUUCCAAGCCUGGAGAAGACAAGUCCUCUGGAAAAGUGCUGCAGCCAGGCAGCUUUACAGACAGCAAUUGCUUCAGAAGGGCCUCGGUGCUUUGCAGAGGGCUGUGCGCCAGAGGAGGAUGCAGCUAGAGGAGGCCCAGCAGAGGCAUGCCUCAGCUCUGCUAGCUGUCAGCUUCUACAGGUGGAAGGAAGCUGUGGCAAAAGAGAGCAAGAAGCAAGCUCCACAGCCUGAGCUGUAUUCUACCCAUAGUUCAUCAGUGGGGGGUUUUGAAGUAGGAAGAUUAGCAACUAUGACAACCUCAGCUGAGCACCAGCUUACAGAAGGAUACUCAAAGACGGCUGAGCAGGCUUGUAGGGUGGAAGGAAAACUGUGGACACAGCUUCAUCGUAGGCAAAGAGGAGAUGAGUUCCGCUUGGGAGCUCAGGCAAUCAGAGAUAUGAGACGACUAGCUGUAGCUUUGAGACUGUGGCGCCUGCAGAAGGAGCUGCUGAGCAAAGAGGAAGCCAGGCUUUUGGAAGCCCGUGCUCUGCUGGAAAAGAAGCAGCUAAGAAACGUUUUCUGGGUGUGGCGUUCCCGAUGCUUGGAAAAGGAACAGAUCUCAGCGCUGACAACUCGCAUCCAAAGAAACUUGGUCGCCCGGUGCUUCUAUGCAUGGAAGGAGACUGUGGAGCAGAAGGCACUUCACAGGUGCAACCUGGCCCAUCUCAGAGCAGUAUCACUGAGGAAAUACUUCCAGCAGUGGGUUCAGAGGCUGCAGGUCAGAGAAGGUGAUAAGCAGGCAAUGGCAAACUUCCUCCUCCUUCGAUGGAGGCAGCAUUAUGGACCAGUUAUAAGCUCAGUAGCUGACAAGACUGUGACAAAGAGGGAUGAAGAGAGAUGGUUUCCAGAGAAAACAGGCUACUCUCUUGAUGACUUCUGCCAAAAGGUGAAGCUCCAGAGAGUCUAUCUGCUGUGGAAAGCAAGGCUGUGCGAGCAUCACAGAGCCAAUUCUUUCUCUCAGGCUUUGGAGCAGUGUAGACUCCAAAAAGCUCUGAAAUUGUGGCACCAAAAGUGUCACAUACUGAAGACGAUUGAACAAAGUCCUAAGCACUCUCACAUGACUCUCUAUGAAGAACCUCUUGCUGUGCUGUGUUCUGAGGACCUCUCAACAUCAUCUGGCUUUGACAGCAGUGCUUCAGCUACUCUGGCCUCUCAAAGCUCGCUGGAAAAGGAAUACAGCUAUAGUGACAGCAGCCAGCAGGGCUUCUCCUCUGUUCUGACUGUUGAGGAUGUCACACACAUACCCUAUUACAGUUCUUUCCUGCAACCACACCAGUGUGCAGAGCUGCCAGCUGAACUGGGUGGGGAGCUGUGCUUGCAGGCCGCCUUUCCUCCAUGGAGUACUGGAUCUGGAAAUUGGUUUGCAGGAGGUCAGUUCCAGUCUUUGGCACUGCAGAGUCCAGAUAAUAACGUCCAGCUUCAAAACAGUCCUACAUGGGAAGAGGACUGCAGUUCUGACAAGGAGGUGAAGAGUUGCUGUCACCAAGCAGAGAGGUGGUUCCUGCAGAGGUACUUCAUUGUCUGGUCAGCUCGGACUCAGCAACUUGUGAAGGCUCAGCAGCACUGCAGGCUCACUCAGGUGUCUCGAGCCUUUCUCAGCUGGCACCACUGGACCGUGGAAAAUAGGAACCGAAAAGCAGCAGCUCUAAAACAUGAAGUUCAUUGCUGCCAGGUGGCUUUCAGCCUCUGGAAGAAGAGGCUGGUCCAGAAAGUGGAGGCUGACCGGAGAUUCAGGUGUCACAUUCGCCAGAUGACUGCUGAUGCUCUGUGGCGUUGGCGUUCCUGCUGGCAAAGGAAGCGUGCUGUGAGAGAGCUGCAGCAGCAAUGGGCUCAGCACAGCUGUCAGGAGAAGAAGAGGUUGGUCCUGCAGACAUGGUAUUGCCAAAUGAGGAAACAGAAAUAUGCUGCUUUGUUUUGGGAACAUCUUCUCCUACACAGAUGCUUGGUCGCCUGGGCCCAUGUCACUGCUUGUAGACUGAGGCAGCACGAAGCCCUCUCUUGUUUUAGAAGGGUCAGAGAGCACCGUGUUCUGGCUGUCAGCUUUACUGAGUGGAGGGUGAAAUUCUUGAGAGCUGAACAGCGGGUACUGGGACAGAGAAAGCACAAGUGGCAGGAAGCCUCUCAGGGCAAAGCCUGUCACCGCUGGCGACUGGCCUCAAGAGGACGGCAAGCUCUGCACCUAGGAUCUGUGGCUACAGUAAAACAAGCCUGCAACUACUGGACAAAAGCAGCAGCCUUUUCCCAGUGCUCACGGCAGUGCAGUACCCUGAUAGGUGCUAGGAAGAGCAGGAAGAUGUCUCUGUCUUUGUCCAUGAAAAGCAGAAGAGACAGGGAAGAAGGUUCAGCACCUGCUGCCCCUCUUGGGCUUUUUCCCAGUGCCAUUCACCGCUGGCUGGUGAUGUACAGGAACCAAAACAGAUCUGAAAGGCUGCUGCUCCCUCACCUGGUAGAGAGACCUGGUGUGGUAGGACCCUCUCCUACGCUUGCAAGGAUCCAGGAGAACAAAGCAGAGGUGGACUUGGAGAAGUGGGAUGAAAAGUGGCUUGGGAGGAAGUAUCUGAGGAGGUGGCAUCACACAGUGGUGCUUCGCCGGUGGCAGCACAACAGGAGACUGCUUUGUCUGGCAAGGGGAUGGCACCAGUGGAAAGAAGCCAGCAGGGUGGUGAUGUUGGCUCAAGUAUUGGAUGAGCAGCGGCUGAUAGAAAAGGCCUGGAGAGUGUGGAGACGACGACAUCUGCAAAGCUGUGUGGUGCAGAACUUCCUGGAGGAGGAAGCCAGGAGCCUCCUAUCUCAGGCCUUUGGAAGGUGGCGCCAGCUAACAGCAUUCCAGCUUCAGGACAAAGGAGGCUGCUGAAUGGUGGGGCCUGCCUGCAGCUGCUGCUCACUUGAGGAGGACACGUGGAGGAUACAGCUGGCUGUCACAACAAAGAGCUGCUCCUGCACAAGCAAGAAGCCAAUGCUCUGUUCACGGGGCACAAGCAGCGCUGCAGGUCAGAAGCAUGAUAGCCAAAGGACAACCAGGAAGAGAUGGUACCUCUGAAAGUUCCUCUUUAAAGGACUUAAUAUCCUUCCUCCCUAGAGGCACAAAUGGAGAAGUUAUUCCCCUUUGUUGUGAGGCUGCAUUCCCUUCUCCUCUGGACCCUGAUUUUGCUGGAGUUGAUUAAAGGUCAAAAACCACCUUA